UGGUUGCUGGCGCGCGAAACGAAACGAUCAAUUGCGCGGGAUGACGUCAUUCCAUCCAAUUUGACAAUCGCGACACGGUACCUCUCCAUCAACCAUGCAUGAUCAAAUCAUCAAUUUGGGCCUUGAUAUUACACCACAAUCAUUUCGCGAGUCAUCUUGGUCUUUUGACAUCACGUCAGAACCACCCACGAAUCCCGCUACCUACCUGCGCAUGCUGCAUCAUGAGAACCGCGCUUGUCUUCUUCCUUAUUUCGAGCAUCUUGCUUGGCAACUUCAUCCUCUUCUACUUCCUCGGCAUCCCAAAGCUCUUCAAGCAAUUACUGGAGAAUCACAAGAAGAAGGGAAAAUACGAUGCAAGACAAGAGUGGAUCGAAAUGCAAAGCGAUGUGCACAAGCGUGCUAAGGAGCGAAGGAGAAGGGAGGAGAAGCUGAGGUGGGAACGUAAUGCAGCAAGGAAGAGGACUGGUUUCUAUGCGGAGCUUGAACAAGCGUACGACAAGGCUUGAGAUGCGAACAUUAUUUGUAGUGAUGUGAACAGCGGACUGGAUCAUUGAUUUGCUUGGGGGAAGGUGGAUGCGCUCGUAGCUUCUACCUUCACUUGCAACGACGCGCCCUUAUGAUAGCAUCGGUGGAGGCGAUACACUGCAUCUUUACACACAGCGCCCGCGAUAAAUUCACCAUCGACUGAACUUCUUUAGACAUCACUCGGCAAGAGUCUACCCUAAUAUCCUAAAGCCAGGCAAGCCCUAAGUCAUUGUUUAACCAUCCUGUCACUAAGUAGGAGAUAAAAAUCUAGUGUUGUUUAGCAAUAAGGUUGUCUACCUAGGUUGAUUGAAUCCUAGAGGUGCCCUAGUAGAUAAGAGCGG